GUAUGGUAGUGUUACUGGUUCGAACGCACUUGACUGACUGUAUGCGUGGUCGUGUACAGCACGGCUAGCUCUCCCUUUCUUCCCCAACAUUUGUGAAGCCGACACAAAGUUUCUCUUUGUUGAAAAUAAUUUGCUGUGCUUGUAAUCGAGGAGACUUCAUACGGGUUGACUUCUUUCUGUAUCACAAUGGCGGAGGCUCCCCGUACUCAGUACCAGAAGGGAGUCGUGAAGCAGAUAUUAUCCGGGGACUCACUAAUCAUUCGUGGUCAGCCACGUGGUGGACCUCCUCCAGAGAGAACUGUCGGUCUUUCGGGGAUCACUGCUCCACGUCUGGCACGUCGUCAGCAGGAUGCAGACAAUGAGUCUACUGACGAGCCAUGGGCCUGGGAAUGCAGAGAGUUCCUGAGAACACUCCUUGUUGGCAAGGAAGUUACUUUCACUGUUUCAGCAAAUAAGACCCCAAGUGGCAAGGAGUUCGGCUCUGUCUUCAUCACCCGAGGCGGUGAGCUGCAGAAUGUCGUUGACUCACUUCUCUCUGAAGGUCUUGCCGAGGCUCGCAAAACUGGCCCACAGUCAGAGGAGAUGGCUCGUCUUACUGCACUUGAGGAGGAGGCCAAGGCUGCCAAUAGAGGCAAGUGGGGGCCCAAUCCCGAAAAGCACAUCCGUGAUGUAAAGUCCGCUCCGGAAAACUUGGCACAAUAUGUUGACAAGCACCACGGGAAAGAAAUCAGCUGUGUUGUGGAGUAUGUGCGAGAUGCUUGCACGAUGCGCGUGUGCCUGUUGCCUGGCUUUGAGACCGUUGGCGUCAUGCUGUCUGGAAUCAAGUGCCCAGGAUUCAGGAGAGAGGACAACAGCGCCGAGCCGUUUGCCCAAGAGGCUAAGUUCUUCGUCGAGUCUCGGCUUCUUCAGCGCGAUGUCAAACUGAGAAUUGAAGGCUCAUCAAACGCAUACAUCAUGGCCACCAUCAUUCAUCCCGCUGGAAACAUCUCUGAGGCGCUUCUGCAGGAAGGAUUUGCUCAUUGUGUAGACUGGAGCAUCGGUAUGGUCACUACAGGAAAGGACAAGCUUCGUGCAGCAGAACGAGCGGCCAAGGAAAAGAGAGUUCGCAGAUGGAAGGACUUCAAGCCAUCUGCUGCAGCCAGUGGUACCCAGAAACAGUACUCUGCCCGUGUAAUGGAGGUCAUCAAUGCUGAUGCACUUCGUCUCAAGCUUGGAGAUGGCUCCAAUCAGAAGAUCUUCCUCUCCAGCCUGCGUGGACCCCGCCAAACCAGGGACGUAUCAGCAGAAGAGAAGCGCAAUGUUCGACAGCUCUAUGAUGUUCCGUACAUGUUUGAAGCAAGAGAAUUCCUCAGGACGAAACUUAUCCACAAGAAGGUCAAUGUCACGGUAGACUACGUUCGCCCUUCUCAGGAUGGUUUCCCAGAGAGGAUUUGCGCCACUGUUCUUCUCGGUGAAACGAAUAUUGCUGAGGCUCUUAUUAGCAAGGGUCUUGCAACUGUUCUUCGCCAUCGACAAGACGAUGAGGAGCGUUCGCUGUCUUUUGACGACCUACUCACGGCUGAGAACAGAGCGAAAAAGAACAACAAGGGAUUGCAUCAAAAGAAGGAGGGUGCAGCAAUGCGUAUUUCAGACCUCUCGUCGGAUUCAACGAAAGCGAAGCAGUUCCUCUCAUCACUUCAGCGACAGGGCCGUAUUUCCGGUGUUGUGGAGUUUGUCGCUAGUGGCUCGAGAUUGCGUGUGUUCUUGCCUAAGGAUACAUCAAUCAUCACCCUGCUCUUGGCUGGCGUGUCCUGCCCGCGUGCUCAAUCCCAGCGCGGUGGCCAGGUCCAGGAGGCUGAACCUUUCGGCGAUGAAGCACAUGCGUACACACGCGAUCUGUGCCUGCAGAGAGAGAUUUCUAUCCAAGUUGAUAACGUAGAUCGUGCCGGAAACUUCAUUGGCUGGGCUCUCAUCGACGAAAAGAACGUGUCCCUCGAGCUUGUGACCCGCAGCCUGGCAAAGGUUCACUUCUCUGCAGACAAAUCUCCAUUCUCAUCUCAGCUGUAUGCAGCGGAAGCUGCAGCACAGAAGGGCCGUGACAAGAUCUGGCUGAACUACGAACCCCCACAGGAGGUACCACAGGAAGAAGCUGUCAGUGAUGACAAAGAUCGCAAGGUCAGCUAUCAGAAGGUCGUUGUGUCACAUGCCGAAUCUAGCACCAGCUUCUACGUACAGAAGGUCGAGAACGGUCCACAGCUGGAAGGCCUCAUGGACGCACUGAAUACCGAGCUGAACGCGAAUCCCCCAACUGUUGGUGCAUACUCACCGAAGCGCAAUGACAAAUGUGCUGCAAAGUACAGUGACGGCCAGUGGUACCGUGUUCAGGUUGAGAAGAUCAUUUCAAAGGACGAAAUCCAGCUGCAUUACAUGGACUAUGGAAACAAAGAGACACAGCGUGUAACAACUCUCUGUCCACUGCCCUCCAAAUGCUCCAGCCUGCCUGCUCAAGCCACACUAUUCAGUCUCGCGUGUGCACGCCCUCCGCCCGAGGAGGACUGGCAGGAGGAUUCACUUAUCGCCUUCCAGUCUGCCGUUGAAGGAAAAGAAUUGGACAUGAAUGUUGAGUAUCGUGUGCAAGGAACGCCAUACGUUAGCCUGCAUGACAGCGGCGCCGAAGUCUCCGACAUUUGCAAACGUCUCUUACUCGCUGGUCUCAUCAUCGUUGAUAAGCGUCGUGACAAGCGGCUGGAGAAGCUUGUUUCUGACUAUGUUGCUUCAGAACAGAAGGCACGCACUGACCGAGUGGCAAUGUGGGUGUAUGGCGAUGUGACUGCUGAUGAUGCCAAUGAGUUUGGAUAUCGCAGCAGAACCAGCUAAGAUUCAAACUGUCGAACGGUCGGACACAUGUCUGAUAUAAAGGGCCACGAUACUGGGUUAGUGGUGGGCUUAUUUUGGUUGUAGCUGUUCUCCCAUUAUACUGAACUCUGCGAGGAAAGCUUGGGUGAUUCUUUGGCCGCUUGUGCUAUUUCCUGUGGUCUUGGCGGUGAAUCGUGUUGGAUGCUUGCUGCCUAUACCGCAUGUUGCUCCCUGCUCUCUCUCACUCUCUCUUUCCCCCUUUUUACACUGUGUAUAGAUUUCCCACACCCUUUUGCCAGCAGAGUUGACCAGCUUCUCAGCUGGCCACUACUUCAUCAUCUUCAUUUUACGAUGUGUUGUGAAACUAUUUUCUUCAUUUCACUGGCUCACAAUCAUUGUAAAAGAUUAUCAAUUAAUUCUAGCUCUAGUAUCCUGAUAUUUUCGCAUAAUUUUCUUUCCGGAAUUCAAAUUUGCAUGCAUUGAACCUGUUUUUGGAACUGCGAAAUUAUCUCCUCCUCGCAAACACCUGCCAUUGUCCAUUGUCAGAUUUCACUGAGCUUCA